AUGCUCGAGACGGACGCGCUCAAGGAGCAGCUCCGCGUCGCGAAGGAGAAGCUCACGCUCCACCGGCGCCCGCGACCGACGCCCGUCGACGUCUACAGCCCCGACAUCCGCGUCUGGGAGAUGAAGCUGCGGCUCGCGCUGGAGCAGAACUUGGAGCUUGAGCAACGCCUUGCGUGGGAGAUCAAGCAGCGCAGCGUGGCCGAGAAGUUCAUCCAGCACCAGAUCCGACACUUGCAAGACAUGCUCGAGGCCGUCAUUGAAACGAGCCCCAAGACGAGCCCGCGCCGCCACGCCAAGGCGGCAGCGUCGUUUGAGGACCGAUCGGUGCCACCGCAUCAGAACUUGAGCCCGCUCUUGACCGAGGUCAUGCAAGUCCAGCUCAAGUUUGCCGAGACAAUGCAGCAGCUCGACCACUCGGUGCACGCCCGCGAGAAGCUCUUGCAGCCGCCGACGACUCGCCGCCUCCACGACUCGUUUGCGUCGUACUCAUCCGAGAGCGAUCACACGACGCCGCGCAUGGAGACCUACACGCGCAUGCUUGAUCGGGAAACGCCAAGCCCACACCACGCUCAACCUGUCACGAUGACGUCGUCGGGUACGUCACCGAUGCGGCCAGAGCGUCCGUCGUCGCCGCAGACCUUUCAGCCGACGACGUCAACAGCUACCGUGCACCUCGUCCAGAGCCGCAUCGACGAGGAGGACUUGACGACGCCCAAGAUCGACCGCAGCAUUCGGUUCCACGACUGCGACGACGACGACGACGAGACGCCCGUGCACCGCCGUGUCGAGUUUGUCGCCCGGCCACCCAGCCCGUCGUCGUCCUUUCUUAGCGCGAGCAUGAUCUCGUCGAGCGAGCCGAGCACGAGCUUGUACUCGAUGUGCCCGAGCAGCGACCUCGAGCGCUCUUCGUUCGUCGCCGACUUUGCGCAGUUCCGCCAGAGCCUCAAACAAUCAGCCCGUAGUAGUACGCUGCGGGCGGCCAGCGCGCCGUCGUCGCCUAUCGCGUGGAAGGUCGACCCGGCUGCCUCGCGAAGCGAACUCGAGCAAAUGAAGCAGCAGCUGACGCUCGACAUGCAAAGCCUCAGCACCGAGCUCACGCUCCUCUCGUUGGACCCCAGCCACGCCGCCAAGACCGACCUGCAGCACCUCCAAGCCAGUGUCGACGAAUGCCGCAGCCGAAUGGUCGCCAUCGACCGCCGCAUGCGAUGCGUCGUGUCGUCGCCCUAG